UUUGCUAGCAAGUGGGCUGACCUAGUAAAAAUAGCAAGGAAAGUAUCAGGCGCACAAGAUUACAAGAACUCGAAAGAAACUGAGCAACGUAUAAGAAGAUCUGAUUUGCAAGUUCUCAUAAAGAAUUUGCAGUUUCAUGUUCUUUUAUUGGGGUAAACGCAGAACAAGCACCUGACUUAGAGUUCAACUACCUCUCUUUCUUCUUCAUAUUAUUUAGGUAGGAGAAGGGGUAAUUGGAUAAAUUGGUGCCAGAAUCCAGAUAUAGAUAUAAUCUUGUUAGGUUCGAUCCGAUUCUGAUCGGGUCCGUUGCCCUGUGAGCUGCAAUUCCAUCUUCUUUCAAGACAUCGUCAUCCGAGGAACAGCGGCUGCACUGCACCUCGUCACUCGUCAGUGGGAGGAGGGGGAGGGGAAGAAGAUUGGAGAAUUUGGGGUAAUGCGUCUGCACCAAACGACUCCAUAUGCCAACCAGACGGAGCUUGAAGUAAAUUCAACGAAGGCGACGCAGGACAUUCUCCUUUUUCUCUUCUGUGACUGUUAGAAGCAAUUCAGACGCCAUCUCAUCCAUCUCAUGGCUGCUGCUUCACAGCUUGGUCUAUGGGCUACCACCUUUCAUUCACCAUCUACAGCAGCAGUUCCGAGGGGACAGGCUCCCCAUUCCACCAGAACAUCGUUUCCUCUGUGCCCACCAUCAACUAAGAGGCCGGUGCUUCCCCCUUUCCAUUUCCAUCCCCAUUUCCGUUCUCAUUCAUAUUUGGUUACGAGGGCCAGUCGGAAGGCUGAAGAAGUCAAAGUUACUGCUUCCGACGACGGUAAAACGCAGCCUAAGGAAAAGAAGACCGCUGCUGAACAGCAGGAGGAGGAAGAGGAAGUAGUGGAGGAGGACCUUCCGUGGAUAGAAGAGAAAGCAGCAGACCUUGUGGAGUUCACAGGAUCGGUCACUCAGGCGAUUCCGGGACCAAGAGUCGGGAAGAGCUCACUCCCGUGGCUGCUAGCUCUGCCCUUGGCCUACGUCAGCAUCUCCCUUGCUAUCGCUGUUGUCAAGACCGUAAAGAAAUUUACCUCUCCGAAGGCGCAGAAACGUAAGCUUGUCAACAAGAAUGCGAUGCUAUGCAGAUCUAUUGAUGAGUACUUUGAAAAGGGAAGGGAUACACUACAACAUUCUGCUCUACAGGACUUGAUGAAGAAGACAGGAUUUAGCAUGGAGGAAGUUCUGCGUAAAUACUUACGAUAUGCACUGAAUGAGAAGCCAUUUAAUCCAGAGGUCAUCUUAGAUCUUAUUCAUUUAAGGCAAGUGUCAAUGCUGGAGGAUGCACAGGUAGCAGAAGUCUUGAAUGAGAUCUCAAGAAGAAUUGUGCGGGAAAAAGGUCCUGUUGUCAUGGAUAUUUCGGGGUUCACCGAGAAGGGUUUUAAAAGGAAACUGGCUGUACAAGCCCUUUUUGGCAAGAUAUUUUAUCUGUCCGAGCUCCAAGAGUUCUGCUCCAAAGAUAGCUCUCUAACUGUCAAAGAAAUAUUCGGGGUUACAGAUGAUGAUGCAGACAAUCUUCGGAUCCACACAUUCUCAGAAGCUGGAGACAUGGGUUCUUUAGAGAAAAUGGUAGACAAAUCGGACCCAGAACCGGCCAGUGAGUCUUCAUUGGAUGCAGAUUCUUGACAUCCCCACUUAGGCAAACUUGGACGUGCUGCACAAAAGUAUUAUGCUUUGAUGGAUUAUCUGUUUCACUCUCUUAUUUUUAAUUGUCAAGUGCAACACGUUCGACAGGAAGAGGUACAUGUAGAGAUAUAAAUGGUUUGGAUUCAGGUCAAUUAGAUACACGAGGAGUGAGAUUCAGGGUGAAUUCAGCACAGCCAGGAAAACUGAAACUUCAAAGGAUGUCUGGACCAUUUCCAUCCUAGGCACAUGGAGGUGGAAGGAAAUUUUGCUAAAUAUAUUAUUACUUAUGGGUUUUGCUUUCUUCA